UUUAACAUCCAAACUCUAGAGUCUAGAGUUGAGCAAAGCCAGACGAAAAAAUCAUACAGUGUGUGAGGGUGCAGGUUUUAUAUUUAAGUUACAUAAAUUAAUAAUUGGGCACUCUCUCAGUAGUUAGUCUCAGUGACAGUAGGCAGUAGCCGUCCCGUAGCCUACAACCAUUUUUUGUUUUGUUUACUAAAAAACAACUGAGACAAAUUGGGUUUGUACCACUAGCUAGCUCUAGUUGGUUUAGUCCUAGUACUGCUUCGUCUACUACACUCGUCUCUUCUGUCUUCAUGUAGUCAGUAGUCUCAGACACGCUGAGACUGACACUGCCAAUUUCAUUUUCAGUAAUUGAAAUUCAUACGGGUCGGACCCCGAGGAAUAACAAUAUUAUUACAAUAAUAUCAAUUCUAAUUUAAUAGCGGUAAGCCUACGCCUAGCCCUAGCUCGAUCAAUUUCUCAAUCUGAAUCAGUCUUAGUCAAGUAGGCCUAGCUCAGUCAUAUGAUUGCUUCAAAAUUUUCUUUUGUUUUAAGAUUAUCAUUAUAAAUAGCCUAGUCUAGGCCUAUGCCAUGCGGCGCCAUGCCUAUUCUAUUAAAUUAAUAGCUGUAAGUAAGUAGGAUAAUUAAUUAAUGAUUUGACAAUUACUAAUUAAAUGACUUUUUAAAGUAACCAUAGACUAUUUAACUCUUUCUGUGCCAAUCCAUGACAUAUUGUCACAUAUGACAAAUUUGACUGGUCGGAUUUCUGCCAAUCGAUGAUAUAGGUACCGUCAAUUUAAUUUCAGUAGUUUAUUUCUUUGACUACGUCUAUCAAUUAUACUUUUUAUUUCUCUCAAUUGAAUAAUAACUCUUUUAUUUUUACUAUCGUGGAGGUGUAUAGUUUAUUAAAUACACACAUAUAAAAAGAAAAGAAUGCAUAAUAACCUCCGAGUAGCAUGACACUUUGGUUAAGACGAAGAAAAUAAUGCAUGAUAACCUCUUAGUCGCAUGACCCUUAGGUUAAGAUUGAAGAUUUGUAGGAUAGCACUAAAACAAGGACAGUUUUCUACAUCCAUUUUAUUUGUUUAUUUAUUAUUUAUCAAUCAAACUAUGUUUUCCUGAGUGCCAGAGUAAUUCCAACUUAAUCCUCUAAAAAUACACCCACCUUAUUGUCAAACAUUUAAAUGACUCUGAUUUAAAUGAAAAAAGUCUCAUGAAUUAAAUUUUUGUUUUUGUUAAAUGUCUUUUACUUCACGUAUGGAACAGCUUUCUCAUAGCCAGUUGUGUAAUGUAAAGCAGGGGUUUCUCAACUUGUUUUACUCUAACACCCAUAUUUUGUCAGUUGGCAUUUUAGUGGGGUGGGAGGAAACAUGAUUUUAAAUGGAAGUCAAAUUUUUUUUUUUUUUUUUCCUCAAGUUUUAAAAUGCAUUGAAUCUUUUCUAGGGGUACUAGACUUAGUAAAAAAAAUCUAAAGGGAUGGCGUGUAUGGAAAAAACUGGGGAAACUCUGAUUUAAAGUCACUUUAAAAUAGUGCCUUUGUUUCAUCAUACAUCAGAUUUCCUGUAAAUUUUACACACAACAAAAAAUACUAUGGGGCUGAGCCAAUCCAUACAAGAAACUCUAGGCUCAUUUGGUAAGUAUUAGUUGAUGAACAUUAACAUUUCUGUAAUAAGGUUCCUGUGCAGUUUGUUGAGUCAAUCAAUCAAGGCAAAUUUUAUUAUUAAAUUUAAAUCACAAACUUGGUGCCUGCAGACUUUUACAGAUAAACACCCUCAUUCUCUGGAAGUCCACUCAAGCGCCCCCCGCCAUAGUCUGAGUAAAAAAUGGGUCAAGCAAUAAAGAGGUAUUUGCAAGUAAUUUAAGUAUGUAGAAAAACAAGCCACAUCAGUAAACAAAAAAAAACAAAAAACAGAGGAAAAAACAACAACAUAGAAUUAAAUAAAUUCAUCAAUUUUAUUUCCAGUUCCAGAAAACACAUGGUAACUCAGAUUCUGGUCAGAACAAUAAAAACAAAGAGAAAAUUCCCAAUUAAGUGAUUAAUUUUGUCAAAUAUAUGAACAAUUUGCAUAAAAAACAUUCUUUUUUACAAAUUUGUUCACACUAUUGUAACUAAUUAUUUAUUUGGGAAACAUUUUUUAAAAAAGAUACAAUCUGUUCAUCAUUCAUGUCUAAAGUCCAAGAAAUUCUUUUUAUUGUUCAUUUCAGAGGAUGCAACUGAUACCAUGACCAAAGCAAAGAUUGUUCGUUUGAGCCAAGGUAACAUUAAUAAUGGGUCAGAAAACUUUAAAAAAAAUUAUUUUUUUAAAAAUUGUUUCACUUGUACAUAUUUUAUUUACAAAUUACUCUUGGCGAUAUGCAUCAUUAAUUCGUCUGGAUAAUUUUUUAUUUUAAAAAUUUUUUAUUGUAGCUUUUUUUUUAUGUUUCAAUGAAUGUCAGAUUGAUUCAACAUAUUUUUUAAAAUAGAAAAUUAACAUAAUAAUACUGUUAUCAUUUUUUAAAAACUGUAUUAAUUUAGCUAGACGAACAUAAUAGUGUGAGUAGAUAACUCUUGACAAUUAUGCAGUAAAUAACUGUUGUUCAAUUAGUUUUAAUAUUAAAGUGAUACAGUGCUUAAGUCUAAAAGGACUUUAAAUCUGACAAUGCUUUCAAUUAAUCAGCUUCUUCAUAAUUCAGGGACGCACGAAGCUGAGGUGAGCUUUGGGGAUGAGGCAGAUCUACAUAAACACAAGAAAAACUGUAAGAAGGACCCAACCCAUAAAUCAUUCAUACCUCUGAACAGCUUCACUCUGAAAGACCUCCCGUGGCGCUACAGGUAUCCCCAAGUGUUUGACCUUGUCAAAAUCCUGGCAGACCUGACCGUCAGGGUGGCAGUCCGCUACACAAGCCUUGAGAGGACAGAGUGCUUCCCUGACACAAAUGAUCUCUAUCCUUUCUCAGCUUACAGGGGCCUUGACUUUUUGCGCACAGGAACAGGGAAAAUCACUGAGGCUCUAAAGGUGAAUGACCCAGAGAGUGGUUGCCCAUGUGGUGAGUGUAAAAUAUCGGGGAGUCCCCAGAAGGAAUAUGGACUGUUCCAUAUUCUCACAGCGACUCAUGUCGUCUUUGACAACAUUGAAGCGGAGAAUACCAAAUGCAAGUUGGACUACAACACCGACAGCUCUCCUGACAUUCUCUUAGAUGGCACAGAGGCUACUGCAGACAUAGAUUGUGAUAGGUGUCAACUGAUGUGCGUAACACACGAUGUUGGCAUUGUGGACAUGGUUAAAGGCAGGCUACAAAAAUUUGAAGAGCUUUGUGCCACAGUUUACGAACUCUUCCCAAAAGAUGGUUUCGAAAGGCUUAUCGUCAUCCCUUCUCACCCACAUGGCUGUCCUAAGCAGAUCUCCGUUGGAAUGUGGACCCACCGCAUGGAGAGGAUUGGGGACUACUUCACAGCGUACACUUACACAGCGUCCACUUGUCCAGGGAGCAGUGGGGCUCCAGUUUUCACCAUGGCCCGUGAUAUUUCCUGGUGGUCCUACAUGUUUACUCACCGGGGGUCAACUCACGAUGGGAACCACUGUGGGGCUACUUGGGACAAUUAAUUUCACAUUAGUUUUAAUUCUAAAUUUUUUUAAGUCUCUAGAAUUAAAAAUCAAAA